AGCAGCAAGUAUGGCUGUCAGUCAUAUCAAAAGUGUCAAAACGUUGUCGCGUGUCACGUUGGCUCGUUCAUAAACACGUUUACCUGAGCGCGCGGGGCACCGGCAUGGACAAUAUCACGGACGGCUGGUUUAAGGAGACGUGCACGUUAUGGCCCGGUCAAGCCACUAGUCUCCAAGUAGACGAGGUCCUCUAUCACAAGAAGUCCAAAUUUCAAGACGUGUUGGUGUUCAAGAGUAAAACGUACGGCAACGUCUUGGUAUUGGAUGGAGUGAUCCAGUGCACGGAGAGGGAUGAGUUUGCAUAUCAGGAAAUGAUUGCCAACCUUCCCCUGUACAGCCACCCCUGCCCCAAAAAGGUUCUCAUUAUUGGCGGUGGUGAUGGUGGCGUGCUGAGGGAAGUGGUGAAGAAUCCACAGGUAGAGUCGGUGGUUCUCUGUGAGAUUGAUGAGGACGUCAUUGAUGUCUCAAAGAAGUUCCUCCCAGGCAUGGCCAAAGGUUUCUUCAGUCCAAAGCUCACCCUCCACGUUGGAGACGGCUUUGAGUUUAUGAAGCAAAACCAAAAUGCCUUUGACGUCAUCAUUACCGACUCAUCGGACCCUGUCGGCCCCGCUGAGAGUUUAUUCAAGGAGAGUUACUAUCAGCUGAUGAAGACGGCAUUGACAAAAGGCGGAAUUCUCUGCUCCCAGGGAGAGUGUCAAUGGCUGCAUUUGGACCUGAUCAAGGAAAUGCAAACCUUCUGCAAAACCUUAUUCCCAGUGGUGGAUUACGCCUACGGCACCAUCCCAACUUAUCCCAGUGGCCAAAUUGGAUUCAUGCUUUGCAGUAAGAACCCUGAAACACAUUUCCAAAAGCCGGUGAAAGAACUGUCAAAAGGAGAACUGGAAAGCAUGAACCUGAAAUAUUAUAACACGGAGAUUCACAAAGCGGCAUUCGUCCUUCCUGAGUUUGCAAGAAAGGUCCUCAAAGAAGCUUGAUUGGCCACAGCAGAGCAGCGUGUGUGUCCUCCACCUGCUCCUCGGUCCACAGAUGGACAAAUACAGCUCCUCGUCCUCCUCCUGCUCAGCACCCUUCAGCUCCCCCCCUCGAAAGUGUAGCCUCCUCGAGAUUUCAAGAUGUGUGUGGGGCGAGGGGGCCGUUGCCUCCCGUUUCUUUCCAACCUUCCAAGUCCUAAGCAACACCAGUGUUUAUUUCCUCAUGCGUUUCGUUAUUCACGUUCAUUCCGAGCUUGUCUCAUGAGCAACCGAUGAUGACGCCAUCCAACCCUGACCUCACGCUUAUGGACCGUACUGUUCAAAUGGCAUCAUAUGAUUGCAUGUAACUGCAAUGUAUCGCCGCACUUUUCAGCGGAAACGUGCUUUGCUCCUCGCGGCGUCGCCGCGUGCCGUCUGCAUAUUGUUGAGAACACAAACACUUCCUCGUGAAUUCGGAAAGGAGCGCUCCUUGAGCGGGUGCUUUGUUGAAUCUGGUUCUGUACGUUUUAACGAUCAGGUAGAAAACGCUCCCUUUAAAAAGCCAACAACUGCUUGAUGCUCUGCUUUGUUAUGAAUGAUACGUUUCAUAUUUAGAACGGAAGCUGCAACAUUUGUUGAAAAGUGAUUAUGCAAUUACUGGGGGUUUGGCUAAAGGUGAGAAGCUUGUGCAGUACUGUGGGAUGCCGUUAUAUAACAGUGUGGUUGUUAGCUAACAUCGGAAAACAGUUGCUGUGAAUCUUUAAGGAAAAAACACAUUUU